AGAAGUUUGCGUUCCCCUUUUGCCGUAGACAGUUGCCACUCAGACAGAACAGCCAUGGGGCUCGCUUUCACCAAGAUAUGGCAGCGGAUGAUUGGAAAGCAGGAGAUGCGUAUCCUCAUGGUUGGUUUGGAUGCCGCAGGUAAGACGACCAUCCUCUACAAGCUGAAGCUAGGUGAAGUUGUCACCACCAUUCCAACCAUCGGAUUCAACGUGGAGACCGUGGAGUACAAGAACCUGUCCUUCACCGUGUGGGACGUGGGAGGCCAGGACAAGAUCCGCCCCCUGUGGCGCCACUACUACCAGGGAACCAAUGGGCUCAUCUAUGUGGUUGACAGCAAUGACCGCGAUCGUAUCGAAGACGCCCGCGAAGAACUCACCAAGAUGUUGAACGAGGACGAGAUGCGCGAUGCGGUGCUUUUGGUCUUUGCCAACAAGCAGGACUUGCCACAGGCCAUGACCGCCGCAGAGGUCACAGAGAAGUUGGGUCUUCACAACUUGCGCCAUCGCCAGUGGUUCAUUCAGUCUGCCUGCGCCACUACGGGUGAUGGCUUGUACGAAGGUUUGGAUUGGCUUUCCCGCACCUUGUCCUCCAAGCGCUGAGCAGCCCAUUGGGGACUGCUUGGCAAACACUGACCAGAAGGGUUGGAAGUCUCCCAGCAAACUGGGGCGUGUCCUUGUGUAGUGGAUGCGAGUCAGAAUGUAUCGGGGGGGUUCUAGUCCUUCGGCAUGUCCCUCUGUAGCCGGAUAUGUCUGGUCGGAUACUGCAGGUCUGAUAUGGAAAA